AUGGAACCGUCACAUGCACAAAGCCAAGUAACUGAUGAGAGCUCUAUUCAAGUACAGGAAUCUGGUGUUUCAGAUAUUGGCAGUGAUGAAUCUAACUUAUCGGACUCUGGCAUAGAGACAGAUACACCACCUGAAAUGGAUAGCGAUUCGGAAGUGAUAUCUGAUGAGGCUAUCUAUUAUAGUGAUUGUUUGGACGACGAAUAUGCACUAUGGCGAUCCCUUCCAGAUAGCACACUCGUUGUCAUGGAAUCGUGGGAAUAUAUGUUUGAAAUGGAACUGGAAUACGAAGCCCGCGAGGCUGCUGCUGCGUUGAUUCGAAACCAAACUUCUCAAGUGCUCCAACGGCAUGCCAAUGAAUUAGACAUUGGUCCGCAUGAACCCAUUCAAAGAAUGCACGCUAGCGAUGAGUACACUAACGCACUUGCCUUGUGUUAUGCUAUUUGGGCCUGCCUGGAAGUCACCGAUCCUGUGAACUGUCUGCCAAAACCUGGAAAUGACAAAUGA